UCUUUGACUAGAUUCAACCAGUUCACCCAGAACGGAUGUUGCUGCAGACGCCUUUUGUUUCUAUGGAAACUCUCAUAGUUGUGUUGGCGCUGAGCUAGACAGAACUUAUGCUAUGCUGGUUAGCUAAGCUGACCGAAACGUUCAACGCGAACUAUUUUAGACAUAUUCAGCAGCUUUCUUCUAGAGUAUUUGUGUAUUAUGACUUUUACGCAGUUCCGGUCAACUUUAUUUGUGACACAAACAUGAAAUAAUAGAACAUUCGCUGUGCUAUAUGCAAGCUAACCGGAGUAAAUACACGCAACUUAAUUCGUUCUUGAGCUGAUAUACACAGGAAGAUUUGCUGUAACAGGAUGUCAAGUCUUGUAGUGCCCUGUUGUUCAACAUCGGCUUCGUAACAAUGCAGGAAGCUGUGGACCUGGAGGCCCAGCUGGCUUGUAAAGAAAGAGAAUGGAAAGAACUUCAGGCUUUACGGAUCCUACAACUGGAGACUGCUCUAAAUGAAGCCACAUCAGAGCUGUCCACCCAGAGAGAGCGUUUCCUCCGCUUGCGUGAUGACUUCAAGUAUAAUCUACGUGUGUUGGAGGAGAGGGACAAAGAGCUGGAGCGUUAUGAUGCCUUGGCAGCCCGUGCUCAGACGGAGGACAGUGUCAGGCGGGAAGAGGUCAGUGAGCUGAGGAUUGAGAUUGCAAAACUCCAAGAUGCCCUGAAGGAGCAGCGGAAGGCGAAGGAGGACAUAGAAGUGCAAUAUCAGAAGAGAGGAGUCGAGCAUAGAGUCAAAUUGGAAAAAGUCCAGAACAUCAUGGAAAGUGAGAUUCAAAAACUCAGGGAGGAGAAUGAAACAUUGAGACGGGAUCUCCAGCGGCGAAUUCGAGAAUCUGAUGGGGAGCUGGCAUUGCAGAAACAGGAAAUGAUGGCAGAUUUCGACAGUGAAAUGAGGAAGCGGGAGCAUGAAUUCCAUCUGAAACUGGAUGAAAUGACCAGUGUGGUUCUCUCACAUGAGCUCAAAGAAAAGCUGUUGAGCAAAGAGCUUGAGGUCCAUGCCAAAGCUCACAGCCAGACCACAGAGGCCCUGCAGGCCUCUGAAGAACUUUACCAGCUGGCUCAAAAAGAGAUUCAGCACAGAGACUGGGACCUAAAGAACACCACUGCAAUGAAAGACUCCAGGAUAAAAGAGCUUGAGGUCACACUAAAACAAAUGGAGAACAAUUAUAAAAAAGAGCAAGAAGCCUACAUCAGGAAGCACGCAGAGCUGGAACGAAGGUCUCGGGAGAGAGAGGAUGCACUGGGUCUCAUGAGAGAGGCUCAUGCCAGGGAGCUCCAAGAGGAGAGGGGGAACAUCUCAGAAUUGCAGGCCCAACUGGACAGGAUGAUCCUGGACCAUGAAAGGAGAGAAAAGAGCCAUACGGAUGACCUCCACCACAGAGACCAGCAGAUACAAGAGCUCAGAAUGCAGCUGGAAACAACUCGAUCUGGCUGGGAUACUUACAUCAAGCAGGUCUCCAAAGAAAACGUUGCCAAGGAUACAGAGCUGCUUUCUGCAGGGGAGAGAGAGGCCAAAGUGAGAGCAGAGCUGGAAAGGUGUAAAGAGGAUAUAGAGAGGUAUAAGCAACAGGUGUCUAGUGGUCUGCAGAGGGAGCAGGCACUGGAGCAGAAAAGAGUUCAGCUGGAGUUGGACUGGGAGCGGCGCUGUGAGGAGGUGCGUUCUGAGAACUACCUGAGGAGCGAGGAGCUCAUCCAAAGCCUUGCUCAGGCCAGGGACCAGGUAAAUGCUGAGUUAAGAGAGAAGGAACGAGAGCUGGAGGAGACGGUGACGCUGCUGAAAAGUGUCACUGUAGAGCGAGAUCAGGCACUGCGUGGAACCAAACCAGCACUAACUGGAAUUCAGGCAUCUGCAGUAGACAACAGCAGUUUCCCAUCAGAAGAGAUCAGGAGACUCCAGCAGCAGAACAGCAGUCUUAGAGCAGUGGUGACUGAAAUGAGGAAAGAGAUGGAGAACUUGAGCAAGCAGAUGCCUGUAGCUCACAGUCAUAACCGGACCACAAAUCCAGAGCUCAGCACUGCAGGGACUACAGACUACAGUCAGGCUUUGGAGAAAGAGAUCCAGGAGCUUAAGGUCAAAUGUCGUGAUCUUGAGGAGCGGCUGGAGGAGUCUUCCAAGACAGUCAAUACUGCCAACAAUCCUUCCCUUGCGUUCCCUGUUUCCCCUGACAAUGCUUAUCUUCAAAACCAUAUUAGAUCACUUAAUGAGACUAUAGGAGGGCUACGAGUGGAGAAAGUAGCCAGUGCCGCUGCUCUAAAGAAACAGGAAGUGAGACUGGCUCAUUUGGAGUCUGCUGUGGAACAGCUUACCCAGCAGUGUCACUCAAAACACAUGGAGAAUGAGAGCUUACGCCUAGAGCUGGCCAAUCACAAGAGGGCAGCAGCAGCUGAAGAAUUGAAGCUUAAGCAAAGAUUGGCAGCUACUGAGCUGGAGUUGAAUGAAGUGAAACAGGAAGCAGAAGAGUACCAAAAAGGCAGUUUGCUCCACAACCUGGAGACUGUUGCCCUUGGCAACCAGGUGUCAGCACUGAAGGUUGACCUUGCAAGCAGAAGAGAGCCCAUUGUCCUUAAUCAGAGUGAGAUGGUAAAGCAGCUUCAGGAGGAGAACUUGUCCAUGAGACAGCAGCUGCUGCUGUUGCAGAGUUCAGCCAGAGGGGGCGCCAUGGGUGAUGUUGCUCUGCUUCAGUCAAAGCUCAAACAGGCUGCACGCUUGAUCUCCGGCCUCAGUCAAGACAAACGGCAACUCAUUGAAAUGGGCAACAGGCUCCGGGCACAGCUGAUAGAAGCAGGACUGGAGGUUCCACGACACUCAAAGGUCAUUCUCAAACCAAAUGAUCAACAGCACAGCUUGGAAAAAGACCCCUCUCAACCCGAGCAUGGGGUGCAGCCAAAGAGCCGCUUAUCAACCCUGGAACAGCUACAGUACCAGCUAACCACUCAGGAGCUACAAUAUGCACAGAGAGAUCAGAGUAAGAAAACAGCGAUUAUAGUCCGACCCCAAUUCUCUGAGAGUGAGAGUUCAGAUAAAAAACAAACCACCAACCCAUGGGAGCCACCAGUCAGAGUCCAGUCUAUGGGUAGAAAAGAAAACACUCCGCCGCAACGGAACCAACUGAAGCUUCCGGUGCGACUGCCCGGGUCAUCCCACAUUCUGCUGUCAUCUACAGGCACCGAUGAUUCCCUAAAGGAUGUGUGGCAGAUGUUGGAUCGGGGUUUGAGCUCCUCUGUGUUUUCUCCAAGUGACAGUGAGGACAAAGGUAAAGUGGCUAUGGCAAACAGAGGACACCCAGAUAAUAAUCAGCCUCCUACUCCACUGGUCAGCGUGGAGGGCACCAAAGCAUCACUCCAGGAAAGGAAGAAACAAAGUCGUACAACAUUUGUACCUGCUAAAAAGACACGUCCUGCAGGAAAUCAGGCCAAGAUUCGAAAUUACAACAACAAAGACUGAAAAAAGCCAUGAUCAUUUUGGGCGACGCUGUUUGAGAGACUAUUCUAUUUGAAGUGCUGCAUUUUUAUUUGUUCACUUUGCAUCAUGCAUGGUUUUGUUUUUUUGUAACAUUUGUAAAUGUUCUAAUAAAUUAUUGCAUUAUA